AUGAGUGAAGAGAGAGAAGAGGAGAGUAAAGAAGUAGUCCAGGUUGUUGAGGCGAAGGAUGAUGAGAAAGAAUCAUGUACGGCACUAAAUGGCGACACAAGUGAUACUAAGAAAAGGAAGGAGGGUGCAGAGGAUUAUGGGCAGGUCGUGGUGAAGAAGCGUGCCCUGCCUAGUGAGGACGCGAGUGCGCAGGUGAGUGCACAGGAGGAUGGUGCCGUAGAGGUGCAAGUGGAGGAGGAAGAAGAAGAGAAUGAUGAGGUAGGUGAAGGAGAAGAAGAUGAUGAGGAGGAGGAGCAGGAGGAUGAAGAAGAAGAUGAUGAUGAUGAGGAGGAGGAUGAUGAUGACGAACGAGACGCGCUCGACGACGGCGCGGAUGAAGACCCCUACAUGCUCAAAGACGCGACGUACAUCCAAAAGAACGAGCUCUGGCGAAACCGACAGAGAGUCCUGAUCGUGAGGUCGCCGCUAAAAAAAAAGAACUGCAAAUCGUUCGUCGAAAAUUUAAAGCUGUUGCUGCCGCAUCAUAAGACGGAAAGCAAGUGGAACAAAAAGGACAAAAAAAGCGACCUAUGCGACAUAAGCUACAGCAGAAACUGCAAUAACAUUAUCUUUUUUGAUAUAAAAAAAAAAAGAUAUUGCUUAUGGAUAUGUAAAAAUAAAACAGGACCUUCCUUAUAUUUUGAGAUCUUGGAUUAUAUCCCCCUGCACAGUUUACUCUUUUCGGGGAACUGCUUACUCUAUUCAAGGCCGCUUUUAAUUUUUAGUAAGCCAUUUGAAGAAUUGGAUCACCUGAAAUUAAUCAAAGAGGUUUUCAUUCAAGUGUUCGGGACACCCAAUUACCAUCCGCUAAGCAAACCCUUCUACGAUCACUGCUACAGUUUUGUGCAUGUGAAUAAUUUGAUUUAUUUUAGACAUUACCAAAUAAUGCCCAUAACUUUAGCAGAUUCUAACAAUGUUAAUAAGCAGAAGUUGGUGGAAAUUGGACCCAGAUUUACUCUACAUAUUAUUCGAAUUUUUGAAGAGUGUUUCAAAGGGAGGGUUUUGUACGAAAAUGUAAAGUACAAGAAUUAUGUUUCCCCGCAGCAGCUGCGGAUGGAAAAGAAUGUGCAUAAGAAAAUGAAGAAUUUAAAGAAGAAGAAAAAUAUGUUUAAGAGGAUGAAGUCUAUCCGGACCCCAAUUAAAAUGGACAUAGACUUUUAG